UUUGGGCUUUUGACAAGGCGAAUACUCUAUAUCAUUUCUAACUUAUGACAGAAAAUUUGAACUCAAAUGCAACAAAUUUCGAACUGAUGUAAUUCACCUAGGCAAAGAAAGUGAAUGUUUUUUUUUUUUUUUUUGCUAAUAAAGAAAGUGAAUGUUUGAAAUUCUUAAAAGUGGGGAAUGUAUAAUUGCUAAAAAAUACUUUAGUUUAUAAAAGUGUUUGAUGAAAUAAGAUUAGUUGGCCAUUAGUUGGCCUAUGCCAUGUUAUAUAUUUGAUUAUUCCAUUAAUAAUAUUAUUAUUAAUUGACUAACAACGUUCUCUCAAAAGAUAUUAUCGACGUGCGUCACCGCUCAAUAGCAACAAACUAUCACGAUUAACAUGCAACGACAAAAGCACAACCAAAUCCCAAAUUUUCCUUCAUCUUUUUCACAAUCAAAUCAACAAAAACAAGAAUAUAAGCAAAAAUAAAUAAAAAUAUUCAUUCAUUCUUCAGAUCUGAGCAAUUUUCCUGGAAUUUGUAAGACAUGCAGAAAGGUAAGAAUUAUCAUGCAACAAAGCUAGUCAGCCUCUUGAUAUUGGCCUUUUCCGUCGCUCUUUGCUUCCAUCCUUCAUGCAAAAACCUCUCUCAUUUUUCGUUCCUCAUCACCUCUCCAUUUUCUUCAGAUCACACCUUCACUCAGAUCCUUGUAGCCUCCUCAAUCGGCAUCAUCAUUGCCGCCGCGCUGCAUUACCGCCUCCGAAAGCAUAAGGAUCAGAAGGUCAUCCCCCGCCUCAAGGUUUCCGACUCGAACCGCGUUCAUCACAAGCUCGAGAGGUUCCCCCACUACGUAGGUAAUGAUAACAUGAUCAUCCGCUUAUUUUCCGUGGCCUUUGUGAUCUGCAACGUGUUUGUGAUUGAAUAUUUUUGGCAUUGUGUUGUUGUGGAUGCAGCUAGGCAGCUGGGAUUCAAAGACAGAAGAGAAUGUCCACAGCUCUGCAAGCUAGCCACUGAAUACAUCAGAAAGUUCGAGGGGUUUGAGGAAGAUAUCUACAACUUCUUUUCCAGUGAACCGGAUGCGGAUUCUCUGUUUGUGAAGCUCGUCGAGGAGUUUGAGAGAUGCAUCCUCAGUUAUUUUGCAUUUCACUGGAGCCAAGCUGAUAUGAUGAUUACUCAGAUCUUGAGCUGUGAUGCUGAGCCCAAAAAGAAGCUCAAAAACAUUGUCAUGGCGGCAACCAGAGAACAGAGAUUCGAGAGAGUGACGAAAAAUUUGAAGGUGGCUAGAGUUUUCACUAACUUAGUGGAGGAGAUGAAGGCAAUGGGACUCGCACAGCCGGAUGACUCAACGUGCACAGAGGUGAUGGCUCCGGUGGCUCAUGCUGACAGAAGUCCGGUCCUCCUGCUCAUGGGAGGUGGAAUGGGAGCAGGAAAGAGCACUGUGUUAAAGGACAUUCUCAAAGAACCAUUCUGGCACGGAGCAGCGGGGAAUGCUGUAGUGAUUGAGGCAGACGCCUUCAAAGAAUCAGAUGUCAUAUACAGAGCUCUCAGCUCCAGAGGCCAUCAUGACGACAUGCUUCAAACCGCUGAACUGGUACACCAAUCAUCUACGGACGCAGCAUCAUCCCUCCUCGUCACAGCCCUUAAUGAAGGGCGGGAUGUCAUCAUGGAUGGCACUCUCUCUUGGGUACCAUUUGUUGUGCAGACGGUAACCAUGGCCAGAAAUGUUCAUCGCCGUCGUUACCGCAUGGGGCCUGGUUACAGGGUGAAUGAGGAUGGAACUGUCACUGAAAACUAUUGGGAACGACUUGACGAUGAAGAACCAGAACAAGUAGGAGGCAGAAAGAGAAAACCAUACAGGAUAGAGCUCGUUGGAGUCAUGUGUGAUGCUUAUCUAGCUGUUAUAAGAGGCAUCAGGAGAGCUAUCAUGGUUCGAAGAGCGGUGCGAGUAAACUCACAAUUGAAAUCCCACAAGAGAUUUGCUAAUGCAUUUCUAACAUAUUGCCAACUGGUUGACAACGCGAGACUGUAUUGCACGAAUGUACUGGAAGGCCCGCCUAAGUUGAUAGGAUGGAAAGACAAAGACAAAACAUUGCUCGUGGAUCCAGAUGAAAUCGAUUGCUUAAAAAGGGUAGGCAGGCUAAAUGACACAGCGAAUUCCAUAUACGAACUUUACAAGCGCCCUAACCCAGCUUAUGAAACCGGGUCAGUCUGGAAGGACAUUGUCUUAUCACCUUCAAGAUUAAACAUUCAAAAAGAACUGAAGUACUCCAUUCAGAAAGUCGAAAGAUUGAAACAAUAAACCAACGGUCCCAGCCAGGUAGCAUUUUAAACUUCUUAUCUUCACAGCUCAGAAGACGGGAGGAGACAUAGCAAAGGAUUGGAGUUUUCCAUAUUUGCAACCAGCAAGUGUUUGUCAGUGUUGUAGCAAAGACGAGGAGCUUUCUUGGCUGUUUUGUAUCAAAAAUGAGGAGCAUAGUCCUAAGGUUUAUAUAUAUAGAAGGUGAAGAUUUGAAGGUCAAAAUUCGGAUUUAUCUUCAUAGAUGAUCAUAGGCAUAUAUAUAUGAGAUUGACAAUGUCUGAUUUCCUUGUUGUAUGAACUUCAUUAGGCCAGUUUAGAAAAGACGUUUCCUUUUUCCUUAUGUUUUCUGUUCUGAUAAACCUAAACUUACCCAUAACAUAAACAUACAGUGUAAUCAAAAUGAAUUAAUGACUUUGAAUUCAGAUAUUCCAGGACGUACUGAGUAGUGAAAUUUUUUUGUCAUUCAACAGAGAAGAGUGGUAGCGAAGAAACUAUAAGAAUUAACUGAGUUCUGUAUUUUUUCGGUAAGAACAAGUUGAGAAAUGAGCAUUCAUACAGUUAUAUCCAAUAUAAUCUAUAGCAACGCAACUGCGAAAUCAAAACCUGCCUUAAAUAAAUCUAUAGAUCCACAGCUAAUUGGCAAAUAAUUCCACUCCAGAUGGUAACCUAGAGUUGCUUAAAAGACACUGUCC